AUGGCGCGCCCUGAGUUCCAGCUGCUGCCUAAGCCCCGCGGGCUCUUCUCCCUCCUGGGUCUCUUUGCCUUCGCGCUGCUGCUGGAGGGACGUGGCGGCCGCGCCGCGCCCUUGCAAGGCAGCGAGGGGGCGUCCCCGAUGGCCAAGAUCUACCCCCGGGGCAGCCACUGGGCAGUGGGGCACUUCAUGGGCAAAAAGAGCAGUGGAGAUUUCCCUACUAUAUAUGAAGAACGAAAUGAGCCACCUUUCUCUUUGCUACCCGAUAAUGCCAAGCAACUGGGAGACUAUCUACACUGGGAGGAAACAUUCAAGCAGUUCCUCCGGCUUCUUGAAGGGAAUGAAAACCAAAGUGCUCAGGUUCUUAGGGAAGAAUCUCCAUUUCCUGUCAAGAGCACUUGGGAGGCAGAGGACAACAGCAGUCUCAAAGACAUGAUGGAUUAUCUGCUGCAAGCGAUGGAUAGAAAAGAUGCCUCUCCGAGUUGAAGCAACUGUCUCUCCCAGCACUGAAGGCAUGGAAUAAUAUCUUUGCGAAAGAGACUAUUGGUUUCACGAGCAUUUUAUCGUAUAUGAUAACUGAUUUAAAAAUAAUAAUAUUAUCUUUUGUGUUAAGCAAGAUUUCCCCCCCCCCUCCCUCUGGCGUAAAAAUAACCUGCUCACUUGUAUUCCUAAUAAUGACGACACUCUUUGGUGGUGUUUAUUUCCAUCUGAGUAGCCUUUUCCCUCUUUCGAACGGCUUUGUUUGUACCACAGCUUUUGCCACCCUUGGCACGCUCCAGAACACCUGGAGGGCGCCAGGUUGGCAAAAGCUGUUGUGCAUAAUUGUUGAUGAAGGGUCUUCCAAUUCUCUGACGGUAAUUUGCCAUUUCCUCUCUCUCCAAUCGCAUUGUCUUUUGUGUUAACAAUCAUUCGAUGUUUUUCAAC